CAGAUAUAUAAAUUCGCAUUAGAGAGACGAAGAGAAAACGUGCAAAUUGAGGGAAAGUUCGGACAACGUAGUUACAAAGAGCAGAUCUUGAAUCAGCUGUCAGAGAUUGUUCAAAGUGUAUGCAGACAGUGUAUGAUUGUGAAUUUUUCUCAAGUUCUCUCAUAAUUUCAGGAGCUAUGAUUAAGGAGCUGAUUCCAUUUUGAGAGGACAAUUAAACAUAUACGUGUAGAUUUUAUCAAUAAUGGCUUCGUGGAUCAGCAUAACUCCCAAAUUGGAGCGAGGCUUGAACAUAGUGACUCGCAUGGACAGCAGCAAAUUCCGACUCCUCGUCAAUCGUAUAUGCCAGAGCCUGCAGUCCAGUAUCGACACGAAGGUGUUCAGCGAAGAGGAGGAAGAAAAAUUGCUGGUUUCUUUGGACCUGACGAAGGAUGAAUUAAUCCUACUGCUAGACACCAUUACAUCGAUCUACACGCAAGCUGCGUGUAACGUUGUAAAACCAUCCGUCAUGGAAACAGUUUUGAAGGACAAUUUCAAGACGGACGAUGAGAAAGUGUCGAUUUUUACAAACGCGUGGAUGACUUACGGAAAGGGCAUUGUAGAGAAUCUAAGACAAAAGUCUAUCUUUCCUACGCAGGUAAAAGACAUCAACUGGUGCCUGAAUGUUCAGUCGUCGUCCUCCACAAUUGCCAAAGAUGCACGCCCCGUAGCAUUGCUUCAGUUAGGUCUGACUGGUGAUACGAAGUCUACGUUAACGGUGGAGUUCGACGAGAAGCAGUUAACGGAUCUCUAUCACAAUUUAGAGAAAAUUCAAGCUCAGUUAGAUGCGCUUAAGUAACGAGAUUUGUUGUAAAUAUACGUGUAAAAAUUGUAAUGUGUAAUUUAUUGUGUAAAAAUAUAUUUUCUAAUUCUUUGUUACAUAA